CUUGUGUUUGUGGCGAACACUGGCCUUUUAUUUUGAAACCCAAUAACCGGAAGCAACUGUAUUGUUCUGGAAAGAGGAAAACAUUCGUAAAGCUCAACUCGUCCCAGUUAUUAUCGAACUUCCCUGUGCUGACGGCGCUUGUCUGUCGGUUUGAAUACUCUUCAGGUUUGUUGACAGGCGGGAUCAUUAGAAGGUGGGAUGGCGUCGCCGCUGAUGAUGACAGAAAUGUACGACAACGCUCUGCUGGGGAUCAUUCAGCACGUUGGAAACAUUCAGGACUUUCUGCAGGUCUACUUUGGCUUUUUGUACCGAAAAACGGACUUUUAUCGGCUGCUGUCUGAUCCUAACGACAGGAUGGGCUUCCCCCCGGGAGUGGCGGAGAAGAUGGUGCUCAAGACAUUUAGGAUGUUUGAGAAGCUGGCCGAGCACGACAGAGAGAAAGCGCUGAGCGAGCAACAGAUGAGGGAGGAGAGUACACGUGUUCCCCCAGCAGCCCAGGAGCUGGAGGUCGCCUCUGUGCCAUGUGAGGCAACGGAAGAGAAAAGUAGCCCAGAGCCAUCACAGAUGGAGGGCGCUCCCUCAGAUGAAGGCCAGGUUUCCACUCCUGCAGUCUCAGAUGCUUCUGUGAGAUCUCAAGCUGGUAGCAGCAGCAGCAGUGGACCAGGAGCUCAGGGAGGUGAAGCAGCAGCCAACUGUACAGCAUCAGUAGACAAAGCUCAGAAUGAGUUCCAGUCCAACCCCGACAGUUACAACGGAGCCGUGAGGGAAAACUACAGCUGGUCCCAGGACUACACCGACGUGGAGGUCCGCGUGUUUGUGCCCAAGACGGUUGUAAAGGGCAGACAGGUCAGCGUUUGUCUGCAGAGCGGCAGCCUGCGAGUGGGUGUGAAGGAUGGAACGGAGGAGAAAACGCUGAUGGAGGGAGAGUUCACACACAAAAUAAACACUGAAGAAUCUCUGUGGAGUUUGGAGCCUGGGAAGUGCGUGCUUCUGUCUCUCAACAAGACCUCCGAGGUCUGGUGGAACGCAGUGCUGAAAGGCGAAAAGGAGAUUGACAUCAACCAGAUAAGCCGUGAGCGCUCCAUGGCAACGGUUGAUGAGGAGGAGCACGCCGUUCUGGACAGGCUCACCUUCGACUAUCACCAGAAGCAGCAGGGAAAGCCACAGAGUCACGAAAUGAAGGUGCACGAGAUGCUGAAGAAGGGCUGGGAUGCAGAAGGUUCACCUUUCAAGGGGCAGCAGUUUGACCCGUCCAUGUUUGACAUCCCGCCCAGCGCCGUGCAGUUCUGAGUGGCAGCUCAGACUCAGCCAAACCGACUCCCGUUUAUCUACAGUAUGCAUCGCAGAAUAGGCAGCAUUUUCCUGCGACUGUCAGACGGCGCAAAUGUAAGAUCAUCGAUUGGAAAGGUUGGAAGGAGAAUAGUGAUAAGGGCGCAUUCCUGAUGUCAAACACUGGGUCGAUGUUUUGGCAGAAUGAACAUGUUUCUUUCUUUGGCCAUUAUUUAUUGAGCUCCUCUGUGCCUAUUUCUUUCUUUUCUGAUUUUAUUGUUUUCACCAGCUCCCCACAUUGUUGGAUAUUUGUACAACAGGUCUGUCAGAUUUCCUGCUAAAUUUCCAACCAAAGUUUCAGGAGAUCCAACACAGUCCUCCUCCUGCAAAUACUGUGUGCUCUUCAGUGGAAGCAAUGCAGAAAAUGUCACGGAGAUAAAGUCUGUUUCAGCGACAUGUUAUCUCAUAUUGUCAGACAGGUUUACAAAAUGUUCAGCCAAAAACAGCAAUAUUAUUAAUUUCUUUUUAACUUUAAAACUCAAAGAAGAAGAGCUGCCAACACUGUAAAUAUGCGGACAUUUGUUAAACUGAUACAUUUCAGCAAAGGGAAGGCCUGGUGGAUGAUCAUUCGGUUUGCUGCUUUUUAACUGGUUUAUUGAAUAAAAACAUGUUAAAUAUGUUAAAAUA